AUGGCGCUCAUCUCUGCGCGCACCAUCGUCACGUCGCUGUCUCUCUUCCACAUCACACUCGGCUUUUUCUUCUUGACCAACCCAGCCUCGGUCGCUGACCAGGCGCUCGUGUACGUCCUGGGCGAGGCCAUGGGCAUGCCCUACUCGCGGGCCUUUGACGUGCCAACACCGGCGCUCGCGUUUUUGGCCGUCAUUCUCGCCGGCUGGGGCUUUUCGGACCUGAUCACGCUCAGCAUGCCCGAGGAAGUGUGCCUCGUGCACUACUGGGGCAUGCAGGCGCCGUUGCGUGUGCUCAUCUCCAUGGUCACGCUGUUCUACUCGUUCUUCUUCAGCGCGUCCUCGCCGCUGUACGGCGGCAGCAGCACGCGCAAGGCACGGCACCUGCUCUACGAGUAUGAGGGCCGACCGGGGUCCGUGGGCGACGGUCUCAAGAACCGCGUGUUCUUCACAUUCAUGUUUAUCGAGACAGUGUCGUGGUUCUGGCUGUGGGUGACGCUGCGCGAGGAGCGGGUACAGCUUUUGGCACGAAAGGCGAACCGGCGACGGAGCCACAGCUAUGCGAAUUAG